AAAAAAGAAGAUAUACUUCUGUAUUGUAUAGAACGUAGACUAUACAUGAACCCUAAUUCCAAGGAUAUAUAUGUCAUACUCGUAUUAUAUUGGUGGAUAAUAUACAAGAGAUAACCAACGGACAAAAAUAAAAUCUACUUUUUCUUCUGAUAUUUUAUCUGUACACCAAAAAGAAUGGGCGGCUUUUGGUUUUAAAGACUGUUGUUGUUUUUGUUUCUGUCUGUAAAACACAAAAGAAAAUUUAUUGCUCUUGAAGAUAUUAAAAAUCAGACAAGCUAAGCUGUUCAAGAAAAAUAUUACUCUGUUGAGAAAAGUAAAACUGAUGGGAAAGAGAAGAUUUCAGAAAGCAAAGGAACCGUCAGUAACGGCGACGGUCGCAGAAGUUUCAUCUCCGACGGAGUCUCAGACUACAAGGAGACGAAGAGGAAGGCCAAGGAAGAAUCUUGAGAACCCCGAAGAUUUCAAGAAGGAAGAAUCUGAAGAAGACGAGGAUUACGAAGAGUACGAGGACGAAGAAGAAGAAGACGAAGAAGCUGAGGUUAUUAACAGAGAGAAGCAGAAGAAGAAAGUUAGGAGUAGUAGUAGUAUGGAAGAGGAGCAAAAGAUGAAACAUGAAGAGUUAGAGGAGGAGGAGGAGAAGCCGGAGAUGAAGAUGAAGGUGGUGGUUCCACCGCCGUCGUCUAGACGGUCGAGGAGGAAAAGUACGCCGGUGAAGAGCUGGUAAAUCUUUAUUACCGUAUCAUCAAUGGAGUUGUUGUGUUUGUGUGUGUUUUUGGAUUAACUAUUGUUGGAUUAUAAAUUAAUUGAAACCAUCAUGGGAAGAAAAAACAAUUGAUUUUAUAAUUUCUUGGAUCUGUUAGUUCAAAACAAGAAACAAAUCUUUGUAUUUUGGUGCAUCAAAAUAACUUUAGACAUA